CAGUGAUCUAACGACAUGACAUUAAAUUUGUGCUAUUACAUGUACAUAUGAAAUCAAUUCAAUGGAUUUCAGCAAAUAGUCAAUUCGUCAGUGGAUUUCGCACCGUCAUCGAAUGACAUGUUACGAGUUUUGUUUAUAUAGUGGGGAUUGGUACGGUAUUACAAUAUACAUUUCAUUUCGAGAUCUAUUGUUCGUGUGUAAAACGUUUCAUGAUAAUUAGAGGUAACUGCUAUCCAGGUAGGAAUCAAGCGGAUCGCCAUAAAACCCCGAUACCCCUAACCGUGAAAUGGACUGGGCUACAUUUGUAAACAUUAGAGCUUGUGGUGUCUUUGAACUCAGUACCUAUCUCCGUAGGUAUUUAUAGGGGCGGUGAACGGAGGGGUGACCUACUCUUAAUAUACAAAUGACAAUGGACACCGGGUGACACACCUGUAUGUGUUUAUUACCUGUGCUUAUAUACGCACUCACUAUUUACAUGCGACAACUGAUAACUUAAUAUGAAGCGUGUAGCAGGACUCGUCACAUUAGUGUUGGGGUUUGGUAUAUAUUUUACCCAACCGCAAGUUUUGUGUGCUUCCGUGUUAUCUGAACCGCUGUAUGCUGUUGUGUUUUAUGCUGUUUUGGGACUGACCGCUGUGUUUCUCCUGACCAGUAAAAGCCCAAGACUUUGUAUUAGUCCUGUUGGAAAAGCUGUUGUAAUUACAGGAUGCGACAGUGGGUUCGGAAACAGCCUGGCCAGACGCUUGGACAAGCUCGGGUUCAUGGUCUUUGCCGGAUGUUUAGCUCCGGACCGUCAGGGGGCUAAACAGCUCGAGGAAGAUUCAUCUGGAAGAAUUAAGUUGGUUGAACUCGACGUCACAGAUGAUCAGCAUGUAAGAGCUGCUGUAAUGUUCGUCAAACAGAAUCUUGGCGAAAACACACUAUGGGCUUGUGUAAACAACGCCGGUAUCGCCGUGUUCCAGGAGAUUGAAUGGUGCUCGGUUAUUCAGUUUCAACAGAUCAUGGACGUGAACGUGAUUGGUGUUGUCAGGGUAACGAAGGCCUUCCUACCGCUCAUAAGGGCGUCCAAAGGACGAGUUGUCAACGUGGCCAGCCUAGCAGGUCGGUUCACGGUGCCAUCGUUUGCUGCUUACUCGAUGUCUAAGAAGGCAUGUAUAGCAUUUUCGGAUGGACUACGCCAAGAAAUGCACAAAUUUGAAAUCAAAGUGAUCACUGUGGAACCGGGCUUGUACAAGACACCUAUAGCCGCCACGGACUACCUUAUUGACACUAACCGGAAGUCGUGGGCGGAAACGCCUACAGAGGUGAAGGACGUGUAUGGAGAGGAGUAUUUUGACGCCUUUCUAAAGAGUAUUGAGGGUCAAAUGAAACGUGCACGCAGCAAUGUCGAGGAGGUGGUGGAUCAGAUGGUAGAGGCAGUCACUACCAAGGAGCCGCGCGUGCGCUAUGUACCUAACUUCAUGUCCAACCUUCGAGCGAAUGUCCUCAUGUACCUGCCUACAUCCUUAACUGACAAGUUCUUUGAAUCAAUCUACAAAAUAAAGGUGGACGUUAAGAAACCUUCUACUCCUUAAAAUUCUGAAAUUGUUUUUCUAGGACGAAAAACUCGGAAUGACUACAUCUUAAUGCUAUACCGUAUUGUUCUGUGUGAAAGAACAUGUAGAUAGGCUAAGUCUAAUUACUGACUUGUUUUAUGGAUCUAGAUCUAUCUACAUUGACAUUUGGCGAUACAGGCAGAUUAUUUACAGUCAGUUCCGUAUAUAUAUUGAAUCGGACGAUAAAAUAUUUGAAUUAAUAUAUAAGCGAACAACUUGUCUCAUUGUACUUAACUAAAUAUGUCGUAUGCGCGGUAUCUUGUUCACCUAUUCUCCAAUAUUGACUCCAAUAAACCGGUUAAUUUGGCAAUCCAGAUCAUUUGCUACCCGGAUAUCAAACCAAAAAGACCAUCAUGGGAGCUUGCAUUAGUGAAUUACGAUUGAGUCUUGCUCCAUAAGCACAGCGAAACUCGCGAAAGAGCCUCUUUCACACUAUGUUUUGUAUUGAUGUUUACAACUGAACGCAGUUAAAUGUAUGUAGGUGUCAAUGUUUUGUGGUAAAGCGUUUAAUGUGAUCUGUAAGGAAGUGUUCGUGUACUGUACUUGCAUCAAAAACCAUUCGUACAUCUUUCACGUUCAGGGAAAUGUAUGUUUUUAUGUAACACCUUUGAACCAUAUGUAAUCAUU